ACAUUUUUAAUCAAAUUGGAUUGAUGGUUGUUUCCUGUUGGCAAUAUGGAGAUAUCCGUACUCUCUAUACAGCCCGCAAACAUCAUAGUUUUGCGAUGAUUUCUUUUUAUGAUAUAAGGGCAGCCCAAAAUGCACAGAGAGCUCUCCAAACUAAGCCAUUGAGGCAUAGGAAACUAGAUAUACAUUAUUCUAUUCCAAAGGGUAAUCCAUAUGAAAAUAAUGUCAAUCAGGAAAUGCUGGUAGUUUUCAAUCUUGAUGCCUCUGUUUCAACCAAUGAGAUUCAACAAAUUUUUGGUGUUUUUGGAGAAAUUAAAGAAAUCCAUGAGACUUCUCCUGAGCAAAAUCACAAAUUCAUUGAAUUUUAUGAUGUUAGAGCUGCUGAAGCUGCUUUUUGUGCAUUGAAUGGGUAUGACAUUGCUGGGAAGCAGAUCAAAAUUGAACCAAGUCCUCCAGGGGCUGUAAGAUGUUUUAUGCAACUUUCAGACCAAGGGCAGGAUGAAUCUAAUGAUCUCUGUCAAAGUUCUUUGGAUGACUUGAUGGCAGGACGCGUGGCUGGGGUAAGUGCAUCUGGCUACAUGGAUAAUGGAUCCAGCCCGAUAUUACAUUAUGAUAUAAAGUCACUUGUGAAUACAUUUAUUGGACCUAGUCGAAGUUCUAGUGUUCCAAUCAGCUUGCCCUCUCCGGCUAGAGUGGCAUCCGUUAGCAACCAAUUUAACCUUCAGGAGCCAAACCAUGCUCCGGAUGAAAUGGAGUCUGGGAACCAGUGCAUUACAAGUUUCCGUCCCCAUUCCUUUCUCGAUUAUCAUGAUAAUUUAGCCACAAGCCUUCCAUCCAACUCCUCGAGCACCAUUCUGGACAUGGUUAGCAGUUUAGUUUCCCAAAUGAUUGAUGGACUUGAUAAUAGGAGCAUUUAUGGAGUGAGCACAAAUGGGCACCUGAUAGAACCUAAUGGAGGGGGCAAGUUAUCUUGGUUAGAUUUUACCAUUGAUAAUUUUCACAUGCUUGCACCACUUGUGACAACUGAGAUAGAGAAAGUAACUAGAAUUUUUAAGAGAACUCAACUGCUAGUAUUCUUUUAAGGUGUUCAGUUGACUUAUUAGCUGAUUCAUUCUCUUUAGUUUUUGGAUCAUCUGGUAAUGGAAGCUGUUUGCUUCAUGGAAAUCGUUUUAUUGGAGCUAACAUCCCUAACAAAAGAAAACCGUUUCAGAGUUAAACACUUAGUAAAGCUUCAGCAGAUUA